GCUGGGCCCUUCCCCAGCUGUUCGCUGGUGCUUCCGAGGGACUCCUGCUUGGCAUUUAGACCAGCAGCCUCAGAGAAUCUUCCGGCCUGGCCUGGCCGAGCCAGAGAUUUACAGCUGCUACGCCCCUCCCAUGGGCACUCUCUCUCACACAUACACACGCCACAACCACCUGGGUCCGGGGGAAAGGAACAGGGCCUGCAAUUCAUUCCUGUGGGUAGUUUCUGCUUCCCAGGGCCGGUAAGGAGCAAAUCAUAAAGUAGAGCAGCCCCGAGGUUGCUCUAAGUGACACCAGGAGCCAGGCAGGGCCCAGUCCAGCUCCAGAUUUCAGGGAGCACAAAAGGGACUCAAAUACAUUUUAGCCCCACCCUGCCCCAGUUGCUGGAAGGGUGUAUCUGGGAAUGUCUGUGGCUCAGAGGGCUCAGAGCAUUAAUGACGCCCGUCUCUCUGCAGGGGGCUCCGGGUGCAAACUCUGCCCCACGGACUGGCAGCUGCGCGGGGACAAGUGCUACUGGGUCGGCAGAGGAAGUAAAACAUGGAGCGAGAGCCACGCCGACUGCUCAGCGAGGGGCUCCCAGCUGCUGGUGAUCCGGGACCGGGAGGAGCUGGAGUCCCUAAAGGCCCUGACAGGAGGCACGUCUCUGUCCUGGGUCGGACUGUCCGUCCCCUCCCCAGGGAAGGCCUGGACCUGGCUGGACGGCUCCCGGCUGGAUCAGACCCAGUUCCCGGUGUCAGGCCCGGCUGAGGGGAACAGCUGUGGGGUGGUGAAGGGGAAUCGGAUUUAUUCUGACAUCUGCGACUCUGCACGUCAGUGGAUUUGCCAGAGAGACGCCGUCCCGCUCUGA